AUUCUCGGUAGUCGCCCCGUUCGCCGCAGAACGCGACGAGAGGAAUAGGGUUGCGGCUCCGCCGCCGCCCGCCGGAGCAGGAAGAGACCACUCGCUCCCCAUCGCCGCGAGCGGGAUGAAGAGCUUCCCGGUGGCCGGAGGCCGCAGCGUCUCCCUCGCCCUCUACUCCGACGUCUCCAACAGCCGGGUGCUGCUCGACUUGAUGCAGUCAGGGAAGCUGGAACCGGAGGUCGCGUUCCUCAACGCAUCACUGGUGCCGGAUGUGUUCCCUGUUCUUGCAGCGGCGCACAAGGCGCUGCUGUCGAAGGCGAGGGAGUCACUGACCACAAGGACUCUGCACUCUGAGCUCGUCUACAACUACUCCGGGUCCAAGCAUAUUACGGAAUCCCUGAAACGAUGCGGGAUCUCUGAUGACACGACGUACAUCCUUGCAGCUCGUUUUGAUGCUUCAAACGAGGAGAAUGGACGAAUAAUUACUGAAGUUACUAUCACAUCAUGGCAGAUGAAAGCAGUGGAGAAACUCAUCAGUGGCACCGAGAUCGAUUUAGGAAAACUGGAAAGUAGAGCAAACCAGCCACAUAUCCUAAAGCAUUACAAGAUUCCUCCCCAAGAACUAUUGAUAUCUACACUGCCCGACGCAAUUGUAUGCAGGAUUGCUGCUCGAGAUGCUCUCUGAGGCCUCAAUGAUUAUUUUGAUGAUCCCAGCACCGAAGUUUGAGCUCGAUAUCUGCGCCUUGGCAUUCAUAAGCUAAUUUAGUUUGGAGAAACGAGAAGGUGUCAGCUCUCAAUCACAUGUAUGACUGCACAGCUAAAAUUGGAUAUCUGCAAUGCCAUUUUAUCCACAUUCCUGAAAGCAACCUGUAAGCAUGUCGUUCUGUUGUUUCCUCCUCCUCCCUGUAAACUGUGCUGCCAGCAAGCAAAAGUUGUGUAUUUGUUCUCUGCCUCUUGUGGCUUUC